AUGACAGCCAUUCACUGGAACCGUUUCUCAGGACGCAGUGGACUUAAGAGCCGAUCCUCAAGAGCAAUGAGCAUUGCCAGUCUCUCCUCUUUUCUCGCCUCCAGUGACAGCGAGCACGACCGCGAGCCACCCCGUUCGUCUACCACUACCUCUGCCGCUAAAAUAGCUCCAGCCUUCGUGAAGACAGUGAGAGAUCCAAUGGAGGAUGGCGAACGCCUUGCUGAGCAACUUAUUAAUUCUCAAAAACUCACUUCAGAACAGGUCUCAGAAAUUAAGCGGAGUUUCAGCUACUUCGACGAGAAUGGCGACGGAUUCAUAUCCCUCGAGGAAUUGACCGCCGCUUUUGGAGCCAUCGGCCUCGCCCACGAUCGUGCACUCAUCGAGAAUUUGUUUCAAGGAGCCGAUGAAAACGGCGAUGGCUCGAUCGACUACAAGGAGUUCGUCUCCCUUAUGGCCACGUCCUUUCAAAGCCAGAACCAGGCAGGCACUCACUUCUCCUCGCGAAUCGACAUGUAUCGAGAGGCCUUCAACAAGUUUGACGUAAACAAAGACGGAGUGAUAGACACAAAUGAUCUCAAGGAGCUGAUGAAGAACAUCGGAAAGCAGCUGAAUGACAGGGACAUCUUAGAGAUGAUUCUAGAGGCCGAUGAAAAUGGGGACGGGGUCGUCGACUAUAAUGAAUUCGUCCACAUUUUCGAGCCAGACGUGGAGCGUUCCAGUGCUACAUGA